AUGAUUCUUUUUUUAGGCUGCCUUUUGUAUGACGAAAUAUGUGAAGAGGACGAAAUUUGUGUACAAGAUGGUUUAUUUGGGGAAUGUGCAUCAACAGAACGUGUUGCUUUGAUUGUUUCAAAUCCGGAUGAUUAUAUUUUGAAGAAAGUGUUAAGUUCUCAGUUAGAGCAACUUGGUCGAGAUGGUUACACUUUGGGAGAUGCUCGAGCACAGUGUGUUAUAGCAUAUUUCAAAAUGGUCUUAAUGUUGCAACUCAAAUAUGAUCUCAACUUCUGCAAUGUUGUUAAUCCGGAAAAUAUUUGGAGAAUGUUACAGUCAGUAAAAAUGACACUUGCUAAUGAUGUCACAAAUAUCCCGAGUGUCAACUCAGGUAACGAAUUGAUAAAUAAUUUCAUAAAACAGCAACAACAACAGCAACAGCAACGACAGCAACGACAGCAACAACAACAACAACAGAUGGAUAAUAUGAAGAUGGAUGAUAGAGAUAGUAACGAGAAUGAUUUCUAUUCAAUUCCUGAAAGAAAUAUGUUCGAUGAGAGUAAUAUUUUGGAAUCAACCGGAUGGAAUGGCGAAGAAAAAGCAAUUGUUAAUGAUAAUAAUAUGCUGGCGGUAGAAACUUUCAUGCCACUGACAGCACAAAGUUCUGGUGAUGAUGAAGAAUCGUUGAAUUUCAUUGGUUAUCAUUCACCUGUUUUAAAAAAAGAUAUCGAGCAUCUUGGUAAUCAGAAUACAGGCUUGGAAAAAAUAGAACACAAAAUAGUAAAAGGAAUGCCAUCAUAUCAGAAAGUGGACGGUAAUCGAGUGUAUCUGAAAGUUCCCAAAGAUCUCAGUGAUGAUAAGCUGCAGCACGUAAUCAAUUAUUUGGAUUUAUCGAUUGCAAAGCCUAACCAACUUAUUUUCGAUGAUUUUCUAUUGGAUGGUGAUCAGUUAUCAUUUCGAGCUGGUCGAUCAAGUUUAACACUUUCGCAAAACGAGAAACGCCUAGAUUCAGUGAGUGGCAUCGCAGAAGAUGUUUAUAAACGAAGAAAGGAUAUUCAAACAAUUUCCGGAGUACAUGUUGACGAAACCGGUAUCGGGAGUGGAGAAGAAGCUGUGCCAGUUGAAAGUGAGGCCCGUGAUCUUUUCUUUACCCCUAUACUUAUUGUAAGUACAUUGACAUUAGUAGCACUGGUAGCGGUAAUGACGAUUCAUCAGAUCAGAGAACAUCGGAAGAAAAGAUACAAAUCUAUCAUCCCGAACCUUGACUCUCAGAAGUAUUGUAAUAAUGCAUUGCUUGCUUAUCAAGAUUUAUGCCGGUAUCAGAUGAGUUCACAUGAACCGGCAAACAUCGCUGACUCUCGUACAAAUAAUCAUUCCAAUACAACAUCUUGGGUCGAUGAACCGGUUGGUCAGUCUAGUCUCGACAUCUCAACCGGCCAUGUCAUUUUGUCAUUCCUUCGUGAUUAUUUAAAUGACACAUCAAAAAUUGAAGAACAAUGGAAAACAUUAAAUGAAUAUUCAAAUCCGAACGGAAUAUCAUCAAUUGCAAGAGAAGAAGAAAAUAUCAACAAAAAUCGAAAUCAAACUUGUCUUCCGUAUGACGAUACAUUGGUCAGUAUUCGUCAUUUAGUGAAAGAUUCAGCAUUUAUCAAUGCAUCAGCAAUCCAUGACUGCGAUCCGAAACAAGCCAAUUAUAUCGCCACACAAUCACCACUUCCGGAAACCAUUGCAGAUUUUUGGCAAAUGAUUUGGGAACAAGCUACUGUGCUAGUUGUGAACUUAGCGAACAACGAUGACCAACAAGAAGGACAAUGCCUCAAAUAUUGGCCUGAAAGUGGUUCACAGAUAUACGGAUCUUUCGAAAUUCAUUUGGUAUCGGAACACAUUUGGAGCGAAGACUAUUUAGUGCGAUCAUUUUACUUAAAAAAUUUGAGAACGGACGAAACUCGAACUGUAACUCAAUUUCAUUUCUUAACAUGGCCCAAAAGCGGAGUACCAUCCAAUACCAAAGCUCUACUCGAUUUUCGCAGAAAGAUCAAUAAAUCGUAUCGCGGACGAGCAGCCCCAAUUGUUGUACACUGUACGGAUGGUAUCGGACGGACUGGUACAUUCUGUUUGCUUGACAUGAUACUGAAUCGAGUUGCCAAAGGUGUAAAGGAACUAAGUGUAGCAGGUUCACUGGAGCAUUUACGUGAUCAACGUCCAGGUAUGGUGGAAAGUUGUGAACAAUACAAGAUGGUAUUCGUCUGUUUAGCAGAAGAAAUUACUGCUAUUAUAGCUGCAUUAUCAUAA